AAAUAUGGCAGCAACAAUAACAAAUAAAGUGAUUUAUUUAAAAGUAAGUGGUAGAAAUUUUAAUAAUUUACCACCACAACCAACAGCCAUAUUUUUAUUCAUAUUGAUAUUAAUGUGCCACAAAAGUCAUUUUCAUGCAAUCGAAACAGCAGCUGAUGUAUUGACUGAUCCUAAAUUUACAUUCCCCAUAGCAAAUGUUACCGCUUCGGUGGGACGUGAUGCAUUUUUAACUUGUGUAGUACAAGAUUUAGGUUCAUAUAAGGUUCCAGCCAACCAACAUCAACAUAAAUGGCGGGAACACGCGAUUUUGAAUUAA